UCAGCCCUGGAUGAAAACGCACCAAGCCUGAGUGACAAGAGGAGGCUUGAGGACUCCAAAACAAAACCAGGACGGAUCUUUUUUUUUUUUUUUUUCUUUCUUUAAAUUUUCAACAUGCGAGUGAAGCCUUUCUGAGGGAUGGCAGCGAUGGGUUAGACAGGAUUUAACAUGACCGCAAAAUAAAAGCCGCUGUGAGUCAAAGAUGUCCGCUCCACAAGGGCCCAAGGGCGGCCCUGGCCCUGCAUGCGCCUCGGCGGCCGGCGCCAUGCCGGAGACCCCGGACCUCAGCCACCUCACCGAGGAGGAGAGGAAGAUCAUCCUGGGCGUCAUGGACCGACAGAAGAAGGAGGACGCGAAGGAGCAGUCCAUGUUGAAGAUCAAAGAAGGACCAAAGCCUCAGUCGGCACAGUGGUUUCCCUUUAGUGGGAUUACUGAGCUGGUAAAUAAUGUUCUUCAGCCACAGCAAAAGUCCCAAAAUGACAAGGAGCCCGAACCUGACGCGAAGUUGCACCAGCAGUUUGAGUCGUACAAAGACCAGGUCAAGAAGAUGGGGGAUGAGACAAAACCGGCUCAGGAACAGAAGAGCGAAGCCCCAACCUGCGGGAUAUGCCACAAAACCAAGUUUGCCGACGGCUGUGGCCACCUCUGUUCGUAUUGCCAAACGAAAUUCUGUGCUCGGUGCGGAGGACGAGUGUCUCUGCGGUCAAAUAAGGUGAUGUGGGUAUGCAACUUGUGCCGAAAACAACAAGAAAUCCUCACCAAAUCCGGGGCGUGGUUUUAUGGCUCGGUGCCUGGUCAAGUGCGGCGUGUGUUUGAAGGCGGGCCGCAGGGGAAAAAGGCCAAACUGCAGGACCCGUCGCUGUACCCCUACCAGGGAGCCUCAGGGGACUUGACACAAGCGUCAGACAGGAGCAGACGUCACGGCGGGCUCCUGCCCAGACAGGCGUCCCUGGACAACGGGUCGCUGCGGUACUCCGGACACGGUGACACACCGGUAGACAGGAAACGAAGCCCAUCUGCAUCCAGGGAUCCAAACCAAAUAUACGACCAAAGGGAAGGGGCUGACCAUUCCCAGUAUGCUCCGACAGACGGCAGCAUGCCCAGAUCACCGUCUGACUAUGGAGAUGGGGACCCUCGGCGGGCUCCGCGGGGCCCACACAUGUACCCAGACGUGAAUGCAGCAUGGACCGGCUACAGAGACCGGCAAGGUCCUGGACGCUGGCACUCCCAGGAAUACCCUCUGGACCAGGAUCUGGAUGGGCCGCAUAAUGAGUAUGAGCUCCAGAGACAGCGACAGGAGGAGUUCCAGACACGCUACCGCAGUGACCCCAACCUGGCACGCUACCCUGUUAAGCCACAGCCCUACGAAGAGCAGAUGAGGAUGCACGCGGAGGUGGGCCGCCUGAGGCACGAGCGUCGUCAUAGUGACGUCUCUUUAGCGUACACGGAGCAGGACGAACCCGUUCCCAUCCGGUUGUCACGUCAACAUCUCACCGAACGCCGUCCGCCCAUGGUGGGGCAGCGCUCUUACUCCGUUGACCGCUCCUCCCCCGGGCCCAUGGGACCCGGUCUUGGAGGCCACAGAACAUCAAACCAUAGCCCCCCGACUCCCCACCGCAGCCCUGUGCUGGGUGACCGAUCCGGGGAUCUUCGCAGGGGGGACCCGGGUGGAGGCGGAGACCCUAUGAGGAGGCAGCAGCACCACUUAGACCCCAGCUCGGCCGUCCGCAAGACCAAGAGGGAGAAGAUGGAGAGCAUGUUGAGGAACGACUCCCUGAGCUCGGAUCAGUCCGAGUCGGUGCGUCCACCGCCCCCCAAGCCCCACAAAACCAAAAAGGGGGGGAAGAUGCGGCAGGUGUCGCUGAGCAGCUCGGAGGAGGAGCUGGCGACGACGCCGGAGUACACCAGCUGCGAGGAUGUGGAGAUAGAGAGUGAGUCAGUCAGCGAGAAAGGGGACAGUCAAAGGGGAAAAAGAAAAACAAUUGAGCAGGCAUUUAUGUCUGAGCCGGCACACACCUUAUCUGAGAGGCAAAAGAAAAUGGUGCGCUUUGGGGGACACUCAUUUGAAGAGGACUUGGCGUGGUGUGAGCCGCAAGUUAAAGACUCGGGAGUUGAUACGUGCAGUAGCACUACCCUAAACGAGGAGCAUAGCCAUAGUGAGAAGCAUCCGGUGACAUGGCAGCCGUCCAAAGACGGGGAUCGCCUAAUAGGGCGCAUUUUGCUCAAUAAGAGAAUGAAAGAUGGAAGCGUGCCUCGAGACUCAGGAGCUCUGCUUGGUCUAAAGGUGGUCGGGGGCAAGAUGACAGAAUCUGGUAGACUUUGUGCUUUUAUCACUAAAGUGAGGAAAGGGAGUCUAGCAGAUACUGUAGGGCACCUCAGGCCAGGUGACCAGGUGCUGGAGUGGAACGGGAAGCUUUUGCAAGGAGCCACAUUUAAAGAAGUUUACAAUAUCAUUCUAGAAUCCAAGCCUGAGCCACAAGUGGAACUGGUGGUCUCACGGCCCAUCGGAGAUAUUCCAAGGAUACCAGACAGCACACAUGCACAACUGGAAUCGAGUUCUAGUUCUUUUGAGUCCCAAAAGAUGGAUCGCCCGUCCAUUUCUGUCACGUCGCCCAUGAGUCCCAACAUGCUGAGGGAUGCCCCCCAGUACUUGUCAGGACAGCUCUCAAGCCAAAGCCUUAGUAGAAGAACAACGCCUAUUCCCCCUAGGGUCCAGGUCAAAUUGUGGUACGACAAAGUCGGCCAUCAACUAAUAGUCACCAUCCUGGGAGCCAAAGACCUCCCACCCAGGGAAGAUGGUCGGCCCAGGAAUCCAUAUGUUAAAAUCUACUUCCUCCCUGAUAGAAGUGACAAAAGCAAAAGGAGAACAAAAACAGUAAAGAAAUCCUUGGAGCCUAAAUGGAACCAGACCUUUAUGUAUUCACCGGUGCACCGGCGGGAGUUUCGGGAGCGCAUGUUGGAGAUCACUUUGUGGGACCAAGCCAGAGUGAGGGAGGAGGAGAGCGAAUUCCUGGGAGAGAUCCUGAUUGAGCUUGAGACUGCGCUUCUAGAUGACGAGCCUCACUGGUACAAGUUGCAGACACAUGACGUGUCCUCCAUCCCGCUUCCUCGUUCCUCUCCAAACACACAGCGUCGGCAGCUCCACGGAGAAAGCCCAACGCGGCGGCUGCAGAACAAAGGCUCAUAUUCAUACUCAGGAUCCCAGAGGAUAAGCGAUGGUGAGAUCUCAGACUAUGAUUGUGAAGAUGGGGUCGGGGUCAUAACAGACUACCGGCCAAAUGGAAGAGACUUCCAGAGCUCCACUUUGUCCGUCCCAGAACAGGUGAUGUCUUCGAACCACUGCUCUCGUUCUGCCGAAAUACAUAGAGCGCGGUCACGCUCCCCCAGUGUCCCUCCGCCUUCAAGCCAUUUUCUCACCCUUCCUCGAUCCAGACAUAAUCAGCCUAUUGACGCUCCUCAAAAGGAACCCAGCCGCAACCACCGUGUGUACCCAAUCUGCCGUGAGGAAGCAGUUAGGUUGCUGCGUUCCACUAGGAUGUCCCGUGCCUAUUCUGAAGGCACCUACUCUUCUGACUAUGACUUCGAGAGGAGCCACGGAGCCAUGGAUAGACACGAGUAUCACAGCAGAUCCCGGUCCGCAGACCAGCGGCCCACAAUAGAGCGCCCCGCAUCCCGUUCACGCUCCACUGAACGCCCCCACGACUCAUCGAUGAUGAGGUCCAUGCCAUCUCUACCAUCCGGGAGGUCGGCCCCUCCCUCACCUGCCUUGACGAGGGCGCACCCUCGUAGUGGAUCAGUCCAGACCAGCCCAACCAGUACGCCAAUGUCCGGCAGACGAGGUCGACAGCUCCCACAGCUUCCAUCCAUUGUAAAAGACGGAAAAGAUGGAGACGAAGGAACCGAUCCUUCUGAAGGUUUGGACAUGGAGGAAAGGACCAGGCAGAUGAAAAUGAAGAUGAACAAGUACAAGCAGGGAGCUGGCUCCGACUCACGACUCGAGCAGGACUACCACAAGCGUUCCGGCAGAGAUCCACGGGGCUCAGAUAACCUGUCCGCCAAGUCAUCGGACAGUGAUGUAAGCGACGUGUCCGCUGUGUCGAGAACCAGUAGUGCCUCUCGGUUCAGCAGCACGAGCUACAUGUCUGUCCAGUCUGAAAGGCCGCAAGGAAACCGCAAGAUCCGCCAUUUGCGAUCAAGGAGCCAGUCUCGGGAGGGGGAUGAGGAUUUAGUUGAAGUACUAGAAGAGGAAGAGGCGGGCGGGAGAGGCGGAGGGGAUGGGACAAGGGCCAAUAAGGAGGGGGUCGUGCGGGGGCAGAGAAAGGGAUCGGGGGACAAAGUAAACACGCACGAACCGCAUCAUGAAGAUUCGCUGGAAAAAGAAGACGACUCGCACCAGCGGAGUAUCUCAGAGACUGACCUCAGGCAAAUGGGAUCGUCGGGCGGCGUGAACCUGACCAAGAGCACCAGCAUCAGCGGCGACAUGUGCAACCUGGAAAAGACGGACGGCAGCCAGUCGGACACGGCUGUGGGCACGGUAGGCACGGACGAGAAGAAGAGGCGCUCCAGCAUCGGUGCCAAAAUGCAGGCCAUGGUUGGCAUGUCGCGCAAGAGCCGGAGCACCUCUCAGCUAAGCCAAACAGAAGCGGGAGGCAAGAAGUUGCGUAGCACCAUCCAGAGGAGCACAGAGACGGGGCUGGCGGUGGAAAUGAGGAGCAGGAUGACUCGACAGGCCAGCCGAGAGUCCACAGAUGGCAGCAUGAACAGCUACAGCUCCGAGGGAAAUCUCAUCUUCCCAGGUGUGAGGCUGUCAUCGGAUGCUCAGUUCAGUGACUUUCUGGAUGGACUGGGACCUGCCCAGCUGGUGGGACGGCAGACAUUGGCUACUCCACCAAUGGGGGACAUCCAAAUCGGCAUGGUGGAUAAGAAAGGAGCACUGGAGGUGGAGGUCAUCAGAGCUCGUGGCCUUGUAGGAAAACCAGGUUCCAAGGCGCUGCCAGCACCGUAUGUCAAGGUCUACCUUUUGGAAAACGGAGUCUGCAUAGCCAAAAAGAAAACAAAAGUAGCAAGGAAAACCUUGGAUCCUCUUUACCAGCAGCAACUGCCGUUUGAGGAGAAACCCGGGGGCAAAGUUUUACAGGUGAUUGUCUGGGGCGACUAUGGACGCAUGGACCAUAAAUCUUUCAUGGGAGCAGUUCAGAUACUGUUAGAUGAGUUGGACCUGUCCAACAUGGUGAUUGGCUGGUUCAAGCUCUUUCCUCCCUCCUCACUGGUGGACCCGACCCUGGCCCCCCUAACAAGAAGAGCUUCCCAGUCCUCGCUGGACAGUUUCUCGCGGUCAUAGCAGCGUGCUGACUGAUUAGCGUCGUUGUAGCAGCCGAUGUUGCGAUGGAAGGCCACGCCCCCCCAGUUACACUGCAUGCUUGAUGUUGUGUCUUCUGAGCCUGUUUCUAGGGGAGCAAAGGUGAGCCUGUGUUUUGAGCAAAAAAAAGCGUCGCACACACGGUGCACGCGGUGAAAGCGCAUCGCAAGCGCUCAGCGGCCGGGAACGCCGGCCGUCGUUCUUCUUCUUCUUGGGACGAAACUGGAAUGAACUCCUUAGCACGAGGAAUCCGUCAUCUCCAGGUUUUCAUCCAAUCCGAAGCCAUGGGGGUCAGCACUGAGAACCACGAAAUGAGUUCUACAGAAGCCCUUUUGGAAUGAAAAAUAGAUGCUUUCAUUUAUUUAUUUAUUUAUUUUUUUUCAUUUAUUUUGUUCCCGUUUCAUGUCUGAAGGGGACGAUGGCGGUUUUCAUCACACGCUUGGUCACGCCAGUUUUUGGAGUCGAUUACUUUUUACCCCCUGUUCGCUUUCAGAUUCUCGUUUAUGUGCUCAACCAAUGAACCCAAGGCUACAAAUUAGCAAAGUCAUCAAAACCCCAAUGAAAAAGACGUGCAAUCUACCAUCUUGGUUGUUUUUUUUUUUUUCUUGCUUUCUCUUUUGAUAUAUUGUAUGACAAUUAUCUGAGAAAAAUAUAUUUUCCUGUUUUCGUUCAUUUGCAUGGACAGACCAAUUUAGCUCAGUAAAAAAAAACAGAAGACAAUUAUUUUCUUGAGGCUGUAACUGGCAAAAAAAAAAAAAAAAAAAAAGAAGACAAGAAAA